UCAAAACAUAGGAAUACGCCUAAGUGUCCAGCAUAAAUGAGCCCAGCUCACUUUUGUUUUUGCUCUAAUUUACCAAAAAAUGGAAAAAAUUGCCUUGCUCUAUCACUGCAGAAGCCCUAAAGCAUAGAUUCGCCAAAAUUCGAGGACCAAACGGAGAAAGAUGUAAAAGAAAUUCUGAACUCCGCGCAACUGCCGACUGCCGCCCACCUCAGCGCAGCUUCGCGAGAUGCUCAACAACCAAACUCGGCAGAGCAGACAGCACAGAGCAGAGGAGGGAGCAGUUAGCUAGUAGAGCUGUAGAAGCGGCGGAGAAAAGGUAAGAACAUGGAGGCCGCGGCGAGGAAGAGCGUGUGCGUGACCGGAGCAGGAGGCUUCAUCGCGUCGUGGCUCGUCAAGCUCCUCCUCUCCAAGGGCCACUACACCGUUCGCGGCACAGUGCGCGAUCCUGGUGAUGCUAAGAACGCCCAUCUCAAGGCUCUAGAAGGCGCCGACGAAAGAUUGCAGCUUGUCAGGGCUGACCUGCUGGACUAUGACAGUGUAGCGUCAGCGAUUGCAGGCUGCGAGGGCGUCUUCCAUGUUGCCUGCCCUGUCCCUUCUGGCCGAUUAACCAACCCAGAGGCAGAGAUCAUAGCUCCUGCUGUAACAGGCACACUGAACGUGUUGAAGGCCUGCCAUGAGGCAAAAGUUAAGCGAGUUAUCAUGGUCUCUUCGGGCGCUGCUAUCGUCGCUAAUCCUAGCUGGCCUGAGGGCAAAGCCUUUGAUGAAGACAGCUGGUCAGACGAGGACCACUGCAGAAAGAAUGGAGAUUGGUAUUACCUAUCCAAAACGCUGGCAGAGCGUGAGGCUUUUGCUUAUGCAGCAAAAACUGGGUUGGACAUCGUAACUAUUUGCCCAUCAUUGGUAAUUGGACCCUUGAUGCAGUCUACAGUAAACUCUAGCAGUAAAGUACUUCUUAAUUAUUUCAAAGGAGAACAUGAGACUGUAGAAAAUAAACUCAGGAAUGUAGUGGAUGUUCGUGAUGUUGCCGAUGCUCUUCUUCUGUCAUAUGAAAAAUCAGAUAUGUCUGGACGGUACAUCUGCAAUUCACCUCCAGUAAAAGUCUCUGAUAUGAUAAAUAUUCUGAAGACCUUAUAUCCAACUUAUACUUAUCCGAAAAGCUUUACUGAAGUGGAAGACAAUAUGAUUUUUAGUCCGGAGAAACUCCAGAAGCUAGGGUGGACCUUCAGGCCUCUAGAGAAGACCCUGAGAGACAGCGUUGAAUCCUACAGAGCAUCUGGUGUCCUAAACUGAGCAUCCAACUACAACUGGGACAAGUUUGGCUGUUUAUACUUGCAAAUUCUUUCUGAUUCAUGUAAACAGUGAAACAAAAUAAGUUGGUGACACAAUCAUCAAGAGAAUCAUGUUGCCAUAGAAAAAAUAAAUAUUUUGUGUGAAACAUAUUUUCACUCAGAUGGCCGAACCUGUUUAAGUAUGAAUAUGUUGCAUGUUUUUA